CCCUUUUUUUCUGACAUGGUUUCUUCCAUACUCGGUUUAAAGCAGAAGCGGGAGACAUUGUUGUUAUACCUCUGCUGUUGUCUUUUCCGGGAAGAAAUAGGAAAAGAAAAGAUGGAUAUAACGAGCUCUCUAAAGUCUCUGCUGUUGGCCAUCCGACAGUACAGAGACAGCAGGACUGCUCAGCAUGCUGCCCAGCUGCACAAACAAGUGGAGGGAAUUUCCCAUCUGGAAUUUGACCGCCUGCUUUCCUCGGCUCACUUUCUACCCACUGAGUGUGUGAGUGGCCUGGUAGAGCUGGCAGGAAACCCAAACAUAAGUCCUGCCCUGACCAGCGCCAUCAUCUCCCUGCUGGCCCAGCUGGGGAAUGAUGAUGCCAGCCGGGAAAUUCUCCACAAAGGUUACAACCUGACCAGCACCCUGGCUGCUGUCAUCCACUGCCACAGCAGCACACCUGGAGAGCCUCUGGUGCUGCAGUGUCUUCAGGUGCUGCAGAAGCUGACGUACAGCACUCAUAGCUUCCAGUUGACAAGCUACAUCCAGGAGCUCAUCGCUUUUCUCCUGACAAACAUACAGUCUCAGAAUGAGGAGAUCCUCGUGCACUGCCUCGCCCUCAUGGCCAACCUUUGUCGUGACAACCCCUCCGUGCAGAGCCACAUCAAGUCAAUGGACAACGUGAGGCGGUUUUACCGAACUCUGUUCAACCUCAUGGCUCACAACAGUCUGACUGUGGUGAUCUUUGCACUGUCCAUUGUGGCCAGCCUCACUCUGAAUGAGAAGGUGGGAGAGAAGUUUUUUGAUGCACAAAACAUCCAUCAAACUUUCCAGCUGGUGUUCAACAUCAUGGUGAACGGUAACGGCUCUCUGACCAUGAAGUACGCUGUGAAUGUCCUCGUCGAUCUGUUGAAGAGCUCCAGAAUAGUAGAUUACCUCACCAAGUAUCAGCACCUCUCAGCAUGUGUCUCGCAGGUUUUGGGGCUGCUGCACUGUGAAGACCCUGACUCUGCAGCCACGGUUUAAGGAAACAGAGCGUCUGC